CUGUCCACCCACAUUGCCAUCCCCAGUGCGAGUUCUCUGCGUUUCCAUAGAUGCUAGCAGUAAGAACUCUCUCAAUCAUGAAGAGACCAAUAACCAUGGCUUCAACCCCAUCAACUCCACCAUCUCCACAAUUUCUCUCUUCCAAAACCACAUCUUUGAGAACCCUUUCUUCCAAAAAACCAAGAAAUAUUCUAACAAAUCCAAUCCCAGAAGAAGAUCCCAAAUGGGUACCCCUCAACUUAUCAAGAUCAGAACUUUACUUGCCCCUCACCUUCCCAACAGGCCAAACCUUCAGGUGGAAACAGACAGGACCCAUUCAGUAUACUGGUGUUGUUGGUAGGUCCCACUUGGUUUCACUGAAGCAGCUUGACAAUGGUGAUGUUGGGUACUAUUUCCAUUGCACUACCUCUGACUCUGAAUCUGCUGCUAAGGUAGCCCUUCUUGAUUUUCUCAAUGUGGGUAUUUCUUUAACUGAGGUUUGGGAGAGUUUUAAGGCUUCUGAUAAAAGAUUUGCUGAAUUGGCUGUCCAUUUGGAGGGUGCUAGAGUACUGAGGCAAGACCCUAUUGAGUGUCUUAUUCAGUUUAUUUGCUCAUCUAAUAACAAUAUCAAGAGAAUUACUAUGAUGGUUGAUUUUAUUUCAUCAUUGGGGAAUUAUUUGGGAGCUGUUGGAGGUUUCAAGUUUUAUGAGUUUCCUUCUCUGGAAAGGUUGGCAAUGGUUCCUGAACAAGAGCUAAGAGCUGCUGGUUUUGGUUACAGGGCUAAAUAUAUAGUAGGUACUGUGGAAGAACUGAAAUCAAAACCUGGUGGAGGUAUGGAGUGGCUUGCUGCACUUCGCAAAGUUGAUCUUCCUGAGGCCAUUGUUUUGCUGUGCUCUCUACCUGGUGUUGGUCCUAAGGUCGCAGCAUGUAUUGCUCUCUUCUCUCUAGAUCAGCACCAUGCUAUUCCAGUUGAUACUCAUGUGUGGAAGAUUGCGACCAGGUACCUCCUCCCUGAACUGGCAGGAACCAGUCUUACGCCUAAACUUUGCAAUCGUGUGGCUGAUGCUUUUGUGAGGACAUAUGGGAAAUAUGCUGGUUGGGCUCAAACUCUGCUUUUCAUUGCGGAACUACCUUCACAGAAAGCACUGUUGAAUUCUACGGAAGAGAAGUCUCCUAAUUCUAAAAAGAGAAAACUGGGUGGGAUCACAAAGGUCCCCAAAGAAUGAUAUGUCAUGCUUGUGUUUUCAUGCUCGAAGUUAGAUUUAAUCUACGUGCAGAGCUGAUGAAAACUGUUCUUUCUAGUUCUCACCAUCCAAGGCAUGGCAAAAAGCAUCUAGCUGGUGAGCAUUUUGCAUGAAGUCACUGUUCCAUAAUUAUUUAAUUGGUGGCGACUUACAGCCUAAUUUUGUAAGUAGGGUCUUCGUUAUUCUGUUUCAUUAGUUCCAAUUUGAACGUUCAGGUUGCUAAAGUUUCACAUAUUUGAAAUGUGUACGACUUCCUUCUGUAAGAAUGUAUUAAUUUGCAUCAACUAUAUGUUGUGUGUUAAAUUGGUUAAAGGCUUGAAUUUGCAUU